CACCACAUAAUUCGUUGUCAUUUUUCAAUUUGCGGCGUCCUGUGUACCAGCCUCUUCACCCUUUCGACCAACACUCCAACAACUUCAACUUGUAAAUGGCUCCCGCCGUUCCGCCAGUCGCCACCACCAGCAACGGGGCACCUCUGCCACCCACGGGCCUCACUGCGUCCGCUACUGCAGGGCCUCGAGGCCCCAUCGUGCUACAAGACUUCGCUCUGAUCGACCACUUGGCGCACUUCGACCGUGAACGAAUCCCCGAGCGUGUGGUGCACGCCAAGGGAGCUGGAGCUUUCGGCUUCUUCGAAGUCACGCACGAUACGGCCACCAAAUACACGAUCGCCAAACUCUUUUCGUCGGUGGGCAAGCGAACGCCCGUGGCAAUUCGCUUCUCGACUGUUGGAGGAGAACAGGGCAGUGCAGACACUGUACGUGACCCUCGUGGCUUCGCUAUCAAGUUCUACACCGAGGAGGGCAACUGGGACCUCGUGGGCAACAACACGCCGAUCUUCUUCAUCCGCGACCCGAUCCUGUUCCCAAGCUUCAUCCACACACAGAAGCGUCUGCCCAAUACGCACCUUAAAGACGAUAACAUGAUGUGGGACUUCUUCUCGCUGCGUCCGGAGACGCUCCACCAACAGACGUUCCUCUUCUCCGACCGCGGCAUUCCUGACGGCUACCGCCACAUGAACGGCUACGGAAGCCACACAUUUGCCAACGUGAACGCUCAAGGUGAGGUGACGUACGUCAAAUAUCACUUCAAGACUGACCAGGGGAUCCGCAAUCUGCCGGUUGACGAAGCUGCGGAUCUCGCGAGUUCUGACCCGGACUACGCCAUCCGUGAUCUGUAUAAUGCCAUCGAGCGCCAGGACUUCCCCACCUGGACGCUCUACAUCCAGACCAUGACACCCGAACAGGCAAAGGCCGAGAGUGUAAACCCGUUCGACGUCACCAAGAUCUGGCCGCAUAGUUCGUAUCCACUACAGGAGGUUGGACGCCUCGUACUCAAUCGCAACCCGAAGAAUUAUUUCGCGGAGGUGGAACAACUCGCGUUUUCGCCGUCACACAUGGUGCCAGGCAUUGAACCAUCGCCCGACAAGAUGCUACAGGGACGUCUAUUCUCCUACCCGGACACGCAACGUCACCGACUUGGCCCCAACUACCAACAGAUUCCGGUUAACAAACCGCUCGUCGAGACUCGCACGUACCAGCGCGAUGGGUUCAUGACAGUCGAUGGCAACAUGAACGACGCACCAAACUAUUUCCCAAAUAGCGUGGGUGGUCCGACGGAAACAGCCUCGCUGCGUUAUCACUCGUACCAGGGAGAUCACUCGGUGGUGGACAAGUUCUCGACAGCGGACGACGAUAAUUUCUCUCAAGUCGGCGAUUUCUACCGCAAAACAUUGGAUGCUGCGGCACGCGAACGUCUUACGAACAACAUUGCUGGGUCGUUGGUGAAUGCAUCUAAGCCCGUUCAAGCUCGAGCCGUGGCCAACUUCUUCAAGGCAGACCCUGACUACGGACAACGGGUGCAAGACAAACUCGACGAGAUCGAGAAAGCCAAGUCGGCCCAGCAGAAAUCGAAGGAACGUGCGACUGAACCGCUCAAUCCGCCGCGCAAAACUUUCAAGGUGGUGACAGCUUAGGUGCACGUAUUGACAAGUAGCUAGUGAGGAAGUGACUAUUGUUGCAUGAGGUGAUACGUUCGUUUGCAGGGCUCUACUAAGUUCUGGCAUAGUGGAAGAAAGCACACUGACCAAAAUCCGAGCUUUGCACUUUCCAAUUCUCUGGAUUUUAUAUCCAGAUCCGAGCAACGUACAAAUGCGCCCAUAAUUAAAUCCCCUUUGAAUCGGAUCAGGUACAAGCUGAACUUGCAUUAAAAAAACUCUUUGCUUAUAUAUA